AUGCUUUUUGUACAGCGAGUUGGCCGUCUUGGCAAGGCUUCAUACUACACUACAUGGCCACCUUUGGGCGCUGCGGAUACUUCGGAAAUAGUGUCUUGGUGUCAGCCAGAUACAUGGCAACGAGCUGGAAGACAAACAUUGUCAAUAGACGUUGGAUGGCGAUGGGUCUCAGAGGUCCAUUCCUCGUCUAUCAAAAGUUUUCAAAUAUACUUUGCGCAUAUCCUGGGUUGCGCUGCUACCCGGCUCUUUUCCUUGCUGGACGUCCCUCUACCUAAGAAAACACCUGCCAUGGUCUUCAGUCUUCGCCGCUUCACGUGGCGGCGCGUACUAUUCUUCGGCUCGGCUUCCCUAUUAUUCUUCAUCUUCAUAUUCAGCCUAACACCAAUCACAUCCCCACUUCCGCCGUAUACCGGCCCACACGAGGUUGGCAUCUUAGACGUCGAAACUGAGGUUCAAAAGCGUGUCAUUCACGAGGCCGUCCUGAAAGCCACGGGCAACGAUGCAUUUACACUGGAGACACUGGCCAUUACACUUUACUACCCGUCCUCGUUACCUGUAACCUCGCCUAGUCAGCGGCCGUGGGCAAGACCGUGGCUUCCCCAGCCUGUCUCGUUGAUUGGAGAAGGCUACGCACGACUUGCAGGCGUUCCGCGACUGUCGUCGUUGUUCACCUUUGCUCUUUGGGCGUUGGGGUCUAGUACAGUCAUUCCAGGGGUGGUUGCUGCACCAGUCAUCUCCGGGGCUGAAAAGCUCUUGACCGACGAGGGCACUGGUUCUGGCAGCUUUGGCAAACUUAUGCACGCAGCAGAGCAGGAGCAUUCAGAACUGAAGCGAGAUGAAGGGUUUGGUACACUACCUUGUCUCGUCUUUACACAUGGCAUGGCAGGCAUGAGCCAAAGUUACGCACAUUACCUUGGAAGCAUUGCAAGCCAUGGGUACGUCGUAGCCGCAGUGGAGCAUAGGGAUGGCAGUGGUCCAGGUAGCAUUGUUCACCACUCCGAUGAUACAGAAAGAAAGGUCUGGCACGUGAAGCUACAAGACCUCGAAUCGAAUCCGCCCAUGUCCGAACUCGAUCUGAAAGCCGCCCAGCUUGCGUAUCGCGAGGCCGAGAUGAGCGAAACGAUCAAGCUCUUUGCUCGCAUGAAUGCCGGAGAGGAGAUUGAAAAUCGGAAACGGGACUCGCCCGCCCUUCCUAGCUUCAAGGACCGCCUGAAUCUCUCUGCGGUGGCCAUUGCUGGACAUUCGUAUGGUGCGACUGGUGUGCUACAGGCCCUCAAAUCUGCAGGAAGCAAGGCGAUGCCCAUCAACGGCGGAAUCGCCCUGGAUCCUGGCAAGGGGUCUGGCCCGCUCAAUAAGGACAUUGAUGUGCCCAUGCUAGUGAUGCAGAGCGGAGAAUGGACCGAAAGGCAGACUGAAUUCUACGGCCAGGGCUGGCAUUUCGAUGUUGUGAAACGGAUCGUGGAGAGCAUCAAAGAGGGAUGGUUCAUGACGUUGAGCGGGACUGCACAUCCUUCCUGUACUGACGCGCCAUUGAUCGUGCCCUGGAUCAUGAAGCUGGUGACGGGAACCACAUUGGCACCGACGGUCGCGCUCCGGGAGUACAUUGAUGUGUCGGUCGACUUUUUGAGGUUCCUGCAGACGGGCGAGAAGAAGGGUGUGCUCAACAGCAACGUGACGAGUUCUUCUGGGCCGUUGGGGGAUAGCAGUAAAGAGCGGAAAAAGGUCAAGGGGGUGUAUGGCGCUGAAUGGGAGGUUCACGUGGCACCGCAAUAA